UCCCUCUCCCGGGCUGCGGUCGUGUUCAGCGAAGACAUGAAAAACUACAGCAACUCACAGGUGAGCAGCAGAGCCUCAGUCCUCUCCUCUCGUCCGACGCUGCUGCUGCUGUUAGACACACGCAAGAAGAGCGGAGAAAACCUCACGACUCACCGACCACAAUAACCGCCCCUGUGAUCCUUGAGAAGACAAAAUCUCCUGAUAUGACCUGAAAAUCUGCGCAGUGAAGGGGGACAUGCGUGCAGCGGGGCUACAGAGGGACACUUAAUAAAUGGACUGAAGUGUCAAAAGGGAUUUAUCUGUCUUUCUCUCUCCAAGCUCCGGAUUUCUUCUGCUGGCGUGCAGGAAUAAUGCGUGCCUCCACGGACUUGUACCCUAAUCGACAAACGAAUUCAUAGGCCGAUGAAACACUUUGUCAGUCUUUCUUUUUCCGUGCUUUACUACGAGUCAGUGAGAAACAUGCGAGACAUCACAGUAGCGCAGUAGUGGUGGUUAUGCAUGCGUUUGAGUCAUUCUGCUUUUGCGUGCCUGCUCCAGUGGGAUGCCUUACUCCUGCACAUAAUUCUUGCUCCUCUCACUUUUUUUUUUUUAAAGAGUGUGCUCAAAUCGUUUUUAAUCAGUCUGCAUGAGUAAUGGGGAGAAAACUAGACCAAGCGAAAGAGUGGUUAUCUGCUCGUCUGUACCUUUCCCGGUGGAGGAUGUUAGUAUAUGCCACAGGUGAAUGAAUAUCUGCUCAGUUACUACUGUACAAGCUGCUUUCUGACUUUGACAUUCGCAUCGAGAUCGCCGCACGCCGACAAUGGAUCUCAAAGUAGAAGCGGAGGAAAUGGACUCAAAUCAGCCUCCACCCAUUGAAGUUUUCGCGCACAGCUCGACCCUGCACGGAAUCUCCCACAUCUUCACGUACGAGCGGUUCUGCCUCAAGCGCUGCCUGUGGGUCGCCUUCUUCCUGGGCUCCCUGACCUUCUUGCUGUACGUGUGCGUGGACCGGAUCCACUUCUAUCUCGAGUACCCGCACGUCACCAAACUGGACGAGGUCGCGACACCGAUCAUGACGUUCCCCGCGGUCACUUUCUGCAACCUGAACGCGUUCCGCUUCAGCCGCGUGACGCGCAACGACCUGUACCACGCAGGGGAGCUGCUGGCCCUGCUCAACCAGAGGUACGAGAUCAGGGACGUGCACCUUGUGGAGGAGAGCGUUCUGGAGAGCCUGAAGGUCAAAGCCGACUUCCACAACUUCAAGCCGCGUCCCUUCAACAUGCGCGAGUUCUACGACCGCACCGGGCACGACAUCGGCGACAUGCUGCUGUCCUGCCACUUCCACGGCUCCGAGUGCAGAGCCGAGGACUUCAAAGUGGUGUUCACUCGCUACGGGAAGUGUUACACCUUUAACGCUGGCGGUGAUGGACGUCCACCCCUCAUCACCACCAAGGGAGGGAUGGGAAACGGCCUCGAGCUCAUGCUGGACAUUCAGCAGGAUGAAUACCUGCCAGUCUGGGGAGAAACAGAUGAGACGUCGUUUGAAGCUGGCGUCAAAGUUCAGAUCCACAGUCAGGAUGAGCCGUCCUUCAUUGACCAGCUCGGGUUCGGAGUGGCGCCCGGGUUCCAGACGUUUGUUUCGUGCCAGGAGCAGAGGCUGAUAUAUCUCCCUCCGCCCUGGGGAGACUGUAAGGUAACGCCCAUGGACUCGGACUUCUUUGAUAGUUACAGCAUCACGGCCUGUCGCAUCGACUGUGAAACACGCUACCUGGUGGACAACUGCAACUGUCGCAUGGUGCACAUGCCCGGCGAUGCACCUUACUGCACCCCCGAGCUGUACAAAGAAUGUGCUGACCCGGCUCUCGAUUUCUUGGUGGAAAGAGACAACAACUUCUGCGUGUGCGAGACGCCGUGCAACAUGACCAGAUACAGCAAAGAGCUGUCGUUCGUCAAGAUCCCCAGCAAGGCCUCGGCUAAAUACCUCGCAAAGAAGUACAACAAAUCUGAGCAGUACAUCAAGGACAAUAUCCUGGUCUUGGACAUCUUCUUCGAAGCUCUCAACUACGAAACGAUCGAACAGAAGAAAGCGUACGAAGUGGCCGGACUCCUAGGUGACAUUGGUGGUCAGAUGGGGCUCUUCAUUGGGGCGAGCAUACUGACGAUUCUGGAGCUGUUUGACUACCUUUAUGAGGUGAUAAAGUACAAGCUGUGCCGCUGCUCCGAGAAGAAGCACAAGCACCACAACAACAACGACCAGGGAACGGUCCUGAGCUUAGACGACGUCAAGUGUCACGUCAGUAACUUUCACUAGGCCUCCGCGGCCGUGAGCGGGGGGCCUCUGCGCUCUCUCGUCUCCGAGCUGCUUCGUGGACCUUGUUCGUUGCAGGUCGCCCGACUGCCGGAAGAACAGAGGGAGUGUGUGAACUGAACUGUGUGUGGCUGAGAGCGCGGCCGCGCGCCGACGUCCACCCACCCGGCCCGGCGGCACAGCAGUGAUGUUGUGAUGAAUUCAUAAACGUUAGAAUAACUGCAUGGUCAUCUGUAAAACAACUUUUCAAGACGUAGUAACAGGUACAGUCAAACGGGGCAUGAGCUAAACGAGGGUCCAUGCGUCUUCAGUAAAUAAGAGUUAGAAAUCCCAGCUGUGUUGUGGCGUUUGUCCUCCGUCGAUUUUCACGUGAAGCAAUUGUUCAUUUGAAGGAUCCUCUCAUCCCUGUUCGUCACACGUUUUUCACUUUUAUCCUUUUGAAGUCUCUUGGAUUCUUCCCCUCUUUCACUAUCCAUUUUUUUAUUAUAUUCACCUAACCGUCACCUUAAGCCUGUCUUCCCUUUCUAAACUCUGUGCUUUCUGCCAAUAUACUGUACUACCUCAUCUCGCAGGGUGACAGCACCAUGAAGAAUUUAUGAGUCGAGCAAAAGUGACAAACAAAAAGGUCGUUUUCAUGUAGAGACGUUGAAAGAAUGUGACUUUAAAUUGAACAUCUACUGGCUGUUUUCACAGAGGACAUUUUUCGUGCUGUACGGUGGGAGAAGUCCCAUUUAUAUAUUAAAAAAAUAAUGAUAACUUUGUUUAUGUUGCACCAGUAAAAAUAAAUGAGUUUACAAAGUGCUUUGACAGACGGAGCAAACAGCAGCCGAGGGCAAACAAGAGGAAGCCACUUUAAAGUUGGAAAAAUGUUACCAGAGGUCAAAGAUAAAAAGAAUAAAUGAAACUUAGAUGAAAAGAAGAAUAUGAGAAUAAAAAGACCCCACGUUAAGAGGACGAAUUAUGACAAUUUGAAAGGUUGCUGUGGAAUAGACCUGGCCACAAGACGGUGGUGGAUAUUUCCCGCAACACAAACACAAACAGACAUUUAGUCAGAAUGAAGCCAAACUUCUACGUAACAAACGUAUGAUAGAAAAUGUGGCUGUAGCAGUUGUAAUUACUUUUGAGAUUUAGGCUUUGUCACUUUCUGGCAGACUUCACCUGUGCAUGAGAAGACUGAUAACACGCUUCUGUGCGUCUGCUAAAUAUGAACAUACAGCCUCUGGUUAUCUUUGUUUAGCCAAAGGCUGAUUCGGUGAAGGAUGCAGCUUGUGAAGACAAUAACAGAGGAGGGAGAAUGGUUUUCUGAUUGCUCCUGAUCUGCCUUUAAAAGAUGCUGACGUGGAUUGUUGUUGUUUUUCUUUUUUGAACAACAUUGCUGACUCUGCAGUAAACAGCUGACCCUGAGAGGAGAUGAACACCCACGUACCCUGCUGGUUUUAUGAUGUUCGAUUGUGCAUCAUCAGAUGUAAAUGUAAACAGAAUGGCCCUCUCCUCGAUGCUGGUUUAUCAUAAUAUACACUGUGAGCUAAACGCUGCAGCCGAUCCAGUUAUUUAGAUCUUUUCUCCUGGAGUGACAGUCACUUAAUUAAAACACAUUUUGACCCGUGAAGCCACAAAAAAAAAAAAAAAGCUUUAGUUUUCUGUGAUUUAAAAGAAGCAGUGAGUGAACGUCUGGUUCAGUGAUACGUGGCAGUCGCUGCUUAAUUUGAUUUUUCUAUUAGCACUGACGUUAAUGAGCAUCUAAAUCCUGUCCAGACCUUCCAGCUUCACGCACUGAUAGCCUCUCUGUCUUCUGUCUUUGUUUAAAAUGGUCCAGGUUGCACAAAAAAGUGAAGAAGUGGAGCAGCCUCCCAUUAAAGCUGCUCCUCGACACAAACAUGAACCAGGAGGUGUAGAAAGACCUCAGGUUAACAUAAGAACUAGCUGUUCCAAGUGAAUUUGUUUAGUCCAAAUUAAAUCAUAUUGACCACGUAUACUGUAUGGGCAUGUACAAGACAUUGGUGGUCUACUUUUAAUAGAUCCUUUUUUUUUUAGGGGUUUAGGUUCCUUGCUCCAAACCGUAUUUUUGGACAAAGAUAUAAAGUAGAGGAGGAGCUACAAAACAUGAGGGGUCCUGUGUCCAGUCCUCGAGCUAAGCUAGGCUAAGUUCACGCAAAGGUGAUGUCAGUUUUCUCAUGCACUUCAUAAAACAUUAAACUUUUGCAGUAAAACAUUAAAAUAACCGAGCUACAACACCUUAAAAUAAGUGAAAACAUUCUGAGGUCUCAAACCAGGAUAUGAACAAAUAAAAAAUGCUCCAACAAAGAAUAUUCGUUUAAGGGGAGCAUCGUUUGUGUUUACAUGACGUUCAUCACAUCUGAAGGACUUUGCCCCCGAUUCAUUUGUGUUACCAUGGCGAGAUCCGAUCAGCGAGGAUGAAUAUGCUGAAUGUGUUUUUCCAUCUAAAUGUGGUCCAACCGUUUCGUCCACACGUCUGACUCGUGUAUGUGUUUGUAAGUACUCCGCGUGGUUUGACCACGCACCAAACUAAGUCGUCGUGUUCCUGUGUGUUUUAUCAGGCAGCUCUGACCCCGAGGAAUCUAAAAAUCUAAAGAUAUUAUGUUGCAGUUAAUUAACUUGACUGUGGGAACUGUAUAGUAUCAGCUGUGUAGUGUUACUUUCAAGCACAACCGUACCAUCAACUGUAAUUUAAUGUAGAUACUGCAAUGACUGUGGAUAAUAAUCUUAAUGUAUUUGCAUAGUCUGGUCUGUUCAAUGCUGUACCUGUUGGAUUUAUUUAAAUUAUAUUAGUCUUGUGUCUCUGUUCAGAUUUCCUGUACAUGAUUGUAGUUGGUUUAUUUCAUGAAGGUAUAUUUAUCAGAGACAAACUAUAUGAGACCAUUUCUUUCUUUCUUUUUUCUUUUUUUACUUCAUAUUGCUAGUUGUGCCGUCUGAGCGUCAGUACUCGUCUGUACUAGAAAAUGAACAGACAGGCUGUUGUUUGUCUGCUGCAUGACGUCAUGCAUCUCUGAUCAAGUGCUCCGGUCGGCCAUGCUUUCUGCUUUUGCUUUGGCCUCCAUUUUUAACUUUGCAUUUUCAACUUUGAGAUGAAAGGAUGGUCGUUUUAGUGUGGUGAUGUAAACAUGAAUAAUGGACUUGAAGCUGUUGUUAUAUUAAAAAUUAAAUGCUAACUUUAUGUAACUUUUA